UAGUCCAUCAUUUCUAAGGAAUCACCUUUAGUAUCCGCCGGUCGUACGUCGUGGUCGUAUCUUUUCUUUCGUAUGCGCGCGCGGUAUUCUAACUCGAUAAAGGGAGCCGAAGAAAACGUAAACGCUCGAUGUUUCACAAAUGUGAACAUAUUAUACGUCGAAUAGAAAGAGAGAAAAAAAAAAGAAAAUAAAAAAGAAACUUUAUUCGUAAUAACUAUAUAUAUCACCUAGCUACCAUGAUAGACCAUAUUCGCGCAGGUGCGUGAAUGAAAAGGGAUAGAAAAAAAAAAGAAAAAAAAAAAGAAAGAAAAAUGUUUCUUCUGAUCGUAGGUGAGAAGACACCGUCACCAUCGCCAUCAGCAUCACCACCACCACCACCUGUACCACCGAGACGAAGAAGAACAAAAAAAGUUAUAAACGCGGAAAUUACGGGGAAGGAAAUCGCAACUACUACGAGGAGGGUCGAUCGAAAGCGUCUACCCCCGCCACCACCGCCUUCUCAAUUACCAAGAAAAAACAAGGUCAACGAAAACGUUGAUAAAAGUCAGAUUAAAACAAGGAUCAUAAUUCACGAUGAACCGACAUCGAAGUUUCAAACUGGGAACGUAGAUGAUACGAGCAACGAUAUCUUGUUAAAGUCGGAUAAUUCGAAGGAUAAUAUUAUAAGGGAAGAGAUUUAUUUAUGUAGGAAGAAAACGUACGGAGAUGUUCCUAAGAUAGAAUUUAAACUCGAUGAGAAUCGUAAGAAGGAGUUGCUGACGUUGCACGAGGAGGAGAAGGUUGUAUCGAAAAAAGUGUUUAAUAAGAAGGACGACGAAGUCCUUCGACCUAAUAAAAGUAAUAGUAAUAGUAGUAGUAGUAGUGGUAGUGGUAGUAGUAGUAAUAGUGACUCGAAGAUUGAUGAGAGUACUGAGAAAGAGUUGUUGACGGUCUUGGAGCGUCCUAAAAAAAAAUUAUCGACGUUAGACGAUAGAAAAGAUGACGACGACGAAGAAAAAAAUGAAAAAAAAGAGGAGGAAGAAACGAUGAUCGUACGUUCUCCGAGAUACGAUCAGAUGGUGAAGAAAAAGGAAUACGACAAAUAUCCAUCAUUGUUCUUCACGCUCGAUGAUCUUCACGAUGUUAUUAUAACGAACGAUUCGGUGCAAUCGGUGUCGUCGAUCGUGGACGAAAAAAAAUUGAAAAAGGAAUCGACGAAGGUUGAAAAUGAGAUGGAAAGUUUCUUCGUAGGAGAACGAAAGGGGAAAGAUUUGAAUGAUUUUACGAAGGAUCCUUCCUUCCUACGGGAUAAUCGUAUCGACGAGGACGAUGACGAUAACGACGAUAACGAGAUUUGUUUCCGCGUAACGCCGACGAAUUUUCCCUUCGAAAAAUGUUUGGACAGAUGGAAAACGUCCUUGGAAAAUGAAAAUGCCGAAUUUCACGGUGUCGAUCCUGGGAAUAAUUUUAUUUUCGACGAUUACAUAGAUAGGAGUAGCGCCUUGAACGUCAGACGAUCGAGAAGAUCAUCUUUAUGUUAUGAUAUAGUUCAAAGCAACGAGAUCACCCUCGAACACACAGCUACCAAAGUGAGAUUCGUGAUAGAGUCAUCGAAUUCCUCGAUGCCAUCCAAGGUCGAUGGUGGUCUUUGGAAUAUCGAUUCGAUCAGGAACGAGGAAGCUGACGAGAAGGAACAGAAGAGGGAAGAGGAGGAGAAGGAGGAGGAGGAGGAGAAGGAGGAACCGCAGCAGCAGCAGCAGCAGACUGUAGAAGAUAAUUUCGAAAGAAAUUUGCCGACUACCGACAACGCCGACAUAUUCGGUGAAAUACCAUUUGGAUCCUUGAUCCUGAAUAAUGUCGAUCGAAAAUCUAUUGAAAUUUCUCCGCAGAUCGAUAAUAAUACCGUUGAUAUUAAAGAACAUUUCAAUGAAGAGAAGAAAACGAUUGAGGAAGAUAGAUUCAAUAAUAUUUCUUCCAGUGAUUUAUCCUUAAUACUCGAAGAUACUUUGACGAAGGAACAGGUGGUACCUGAACUUAAGAUCGAACGUAACUUGUCGGAGGGAUUAUCGAGGGAGGAAGAAGUUUCUAACAAGGACAACGACAGUAACAAAAACAACAACAAGUAUAAAGAGAACGAAGACGAUGACAACGUCAAUUACGGAAUUAAAGAGACUAAUAAAAAUAUUUUCUUCCUCGACGAGAAAUCCGCAGAUGAAUCUCAUUGUAAUUCUCAAAAACGAAUAGAUACGAACGAACGUAGAAAAAUCUUCGUAACCCAAUCGGUUCGUAGUUUUAUGAACGACAGUCCGAUAGAUUGGGAGGAUGAGGAAUCCGAUGAAGUGUCCGAUAAUAACGAUGAAUUAUUAUUAUACAAAAAUCAAUACGAAAGGAAGAUCAACGACGAGCCAUCGAAAGUCGUUACGGAUUCAACAAGAACUCAAAUUCUGGAUGAAUUAAAAACGAAUACGAUUCCAAGCUUGUCUGAUCUUUCGAAAGAUCCCGUUAAAAAGAUCGAUGACGAUGAGACAAUAAUAAUCGAUAAAAAAGAUAUACCCGGUAUACCGUCGGUUGACGUAAGACGCAAUACAUUUUUAGAAACCAUGUUGUCGGAGAAUAAUAGAGAUGAAGAAAAUUGGAAUAGUACGAGCAGAUAUUGCGAGAUCGUAGGGAUCCAUCCGAAAAACGAUCGAUUGAUCGAAGUCGAUGAGACGAGUGAAAAAAAUAAUAGGGAUAAUGCAACGUGUAGGAGAAAGACAAAAGGAUGCCGUAAUUCGUUCGAUGAUAAAAACAUAAAAGACGUCAAAAGCGACGUUCUAAGUGAGUUGCUCGUUAACUUUCCUACGAUCAAAUUGAGAAGCUCGACGACGACGAUGAAGAAUAAUAAUAAUAAUAAUUAUUAUUAUAAUUAUAAUGAAGUCGAAGAUUUGGUUAAUUUUAAGAACGUUGAGUCCUUCGUUACGGAUGAGACGAAUGAAGUAAAAAAAAAUCUUGUUGACGAGGAAGACGACAAAAACGAUAAUGAUAAAAACGGUAGGAAGAUUAUCACUACGAACCAGAUGGCGGUACGAAGAAUCCAAGCGGAAAUAAUGGAGAGUCGACAGCUGGACAACGAUAUGAUGAAAAUGUCCAAGUGUCAUGUAAGGGAAAAGUGUGUCAUCGAGACAUCAGACUCGAAGAGCAAUCACAAAGGUUCGAAGGACGAAGGUACGAGGGUGAUUAAGGAUAUCGAAGAUUUACCUAAAAACGAUGAUGGAUUAACUGAUGAUGAAAGGAGGAAGGAUAAUAAUACGAUCGAUCGUUUAGAAAUAAUAUGUAGUAAUAAUGUUGACGAAUCGAUAGGAUAUAAGAGGAGGAAGAAUAAUAGCAUUGAUAACUGUGCCAUAGUUAGAGAAAAAAUUCCAGUUUUAAUAACCCAUCGUAAUAAUAAUGACGAUAAUGAUGAUGAUGAUAUUGAUGAUGAUAAUGAUGAUGAUGACGAUGAUGAUGAUAAUGAUGAUAACGAUGAUGAUGAUGAUGACAAUAACAGGGCCAUAAAGACACCCGUAGUUUUAAGUAACGACCAAUCGUCAGGGCAAGAUACUCUAACGAUAAUCCCCGGUAGCGUUAGAAAUUUCGUUAAGUAUUACGAGAUCCGUCGGGAAACGACGGCCAUCGAAUAUUCUAAAAUUAACGAUAGGAUGACAUUAGUUAGAUCUAAUGACGAAAGUUCGACGGUAUCGAACAGGAUAAAAAAUUUUGAAUGCGAGGAACGAUCGAUGCCUAUGAAAAGAUACGACGAUAACGUCGACUUGAAAGAGAGUAAGAUCGAUAAAAAGAUCGAUGAGAAACGGACGAUCGAUACUAGAUCGGUAUUUAACAACGACAUAAGUUAUACGAUGAUCGCAAAGAAAAAGAUCGUAGAUCCUUCGAAAGAAAUAAAAGGGAUUAUCGUAGAUCCAUCGUCGAGAUCAUCGAACGUAUUCGACGAAACUCGAGUUGAGCGAAUUAACGAAGUUUCCAGUAAGAUCGAUCGUAUGAAAUCAUCGUUCGAGUUUAGUGAGAAGGAACAAGAGAAAUUUGAAAAUAAUCAAGAGAAAGAAGAGGACGAAGAAGAUGAGAAUAACGAUGAUUAUGACGAGGACGACGACGACGAUGGUUUUGAUCUCUCGCAGCCACCGCAACGACGACAUCUUUCACAGGAAGUAACCAACAGAACCGAUUACGAGAGAAAUUCAGGUAUUAAUCGAUUCGCUUCCAACACUGAAAAUAAUACAUGUUUCGUAUUUUAUUGUACGGUGUGAUAUAAUUUCCCGGUGCAUAGUAUAGUUUUAAUUUCGUUCUAGUUUCUUUUUUAUCUUUUUUUUUUUUUCUUUCUUUUUCCCUUAAAUCACUUGCCCAUUAAAAAUCGUCGCCGUCGAUUCCCACCCUCGAAGAACGUUCUUUUUUUUUUUGUUUCUUUUUUUUUUCAUCGAUAUUCGAAAGAAAAUUUCGCGAGAUAUCCUUUUUCACUUUUUAUUUAUUUAUUUAUAUUUUUUUUUUUUUUCAUUUUUUCUCUCCUGCAAGAUAUUAGAAUCAUGAAUCUCUUAGCGAUAAAUUACGUUUGAAAUAUUUUUUAGAGAGUGUGCAUAUGUAGGUGUGUACGUGCGUAUGUGUGUGUAUGUACGUGAUAUUCGUGAUACGUUUCGAAAAGAGAAAAAAAAAAAAGAAAAAAAAGAAAGAAUGAUUUGGAAAUUUUGAUGAUGAGUCAGCCUUUUAGCUCUGUUAUUGUCGGUAGUAGCCACCUCGCGACCCUUAGAAAAUAUUGUUAUUGUUUCUUUUUCUUCUUCCCUUCCUUCCCCUCCUUUUUCGUUUGAGAUAUUGUUUUAAGCAAGAAUACGAAUUAUGCCUGAGUGUGUUUCCCAUUUUCUUCUUGCGUAAUUUCGUUUAUUUGCGUAAAACACGAUGCAAGUUUGAAACGUAAUUUACCCUAGUGAGAUAAAGAGAAGGGGAGAGAGAGAGAAAGAGAGAAACAGAGAGAGAAAAAGAGAGAGAGAGAGAGAGAGAGAUUAUGUGUAUGUUUGUGUAUAUGUAUUUGCGAAUAAUAAAGCUUAUUUGCAAUGAUACUUUACGUAUACACAAAUUUCGAUUUAGUACAGCAAUAUGUAAUACGUAAUAUAUUACUCAUACAAAAUAUAUGUAUGUAUUAUGUGUAUGUGUAUAUAUAUAUAUAUAUAUAUAUAUAUAUAUAUAUAUUCAGAAAUAUAAAUAGUGAGUUUCCUCUUGAAACGUGCAAUCCUUCGAGUAAAAAUCACAUUUAUUAAUAAUAAUACGUAACGCGCUCCUAUUAUACUUGUUGACUUAUUAAUAAGUGUGUAUUAUUAACUUGUUUUGAUGUUGUACUUUGUUUAAUUGACAAAUACGUAUAUAUACAUAUGUAUGUGUGUGUGUGUGUGUAUGUGUAUAUAUAUAUAUAUGUAUAUAUAUAUAUAUAUAUAUAUAUAUAUAUAUAUAUACAUAUAGUUUUACUAGUAGAAAGAUUUAAAACGUGUACGAGAAGCGAGAAGAAGAAGAGGAGGGGGAGGAAAAGGAGGAAGAGGGAGGGAAAAAUAGAAGAAAAAAAGAGAAUGAUAGAAGAAUCAUUGCAACGUGUUCUUCGUGUUCGUGAAUACUUAAACAACAAAAAAUUAAAAUGAAAAAGAAAAUAUAUAUAUGUGACGAAGAAAAUUGGGAUUCAAAAUGGAAGAAGAGAAUAGAGUGCUUCUUAUGAUUUUAGUACACAUUAUUAAUUAUUAGUACGUAUAUGUAAAAAAAAAAAAAGAUAAAAAAAUAUAAAAAAAUAUUGAAUGUGAGUAUUACAAAUACAUACAUACAUACAUACAUACAUACAUACAUACACACAUACAUACAUAUAUAUAUAACUCAACAAAAUGACGUACAUAUUAAUACUGUGUAUAUGUAUGUCUACGUGUGUGUAUGUGUGUGUGUGAGAAAGAGAGAGAGAGAGAGAGAGACGACGUUGGUAACGCGACUCGACGUCAUUUAGACAACGUUGUUUUAUAAUGUUUAAACUAUACAUUUAGAUAAGAAAAUUAGCGGUGCAGUUGUGUAAGAAAAUAGAAAGAAUGAAAUAAAAAAUAUGAAAAAUGUUCGUAUCAUCAACGGUAUAAUAGUGGCUUUGAGAUUAGCCCGAUGAAAUUUUUAAUAAAUCGAGUCGUCGUCACGUCGGUUUGUUUAACCACUCGAAAAUCAUAUUUCCAUGGAAAAUUUCUAUGGAAAAUUUUUAUGACAAAAUUUUGUACACGUUCUUUUCUCCCCUUUUGCGGCCUAAUUGAAAAAAAAAAAAAAAAGAAAGAAAAAAAACGAGAUCAUUCACGAGACAACACCGUGCAAGUAUUCUUAAAUAAUUUUCUGUCGAUGAUGACUUUUGUUAAAUUUUUUUUUAUCUCAUUUCUUUUCUACUUUUUUUUUCUAUUUCUAUUACUGUUUUUUUUUUCGCGAUCAAUUAUCUUUUUAAUGUAACCAUCAGUACGUUUCGUUUUAUUUGUUAAUGACACACACGAAGAAACUAACUAGCGAAUUUAUUGUACGUGUUAAUAAAAAAAAUAUACAUAUAUAUAUAUUAUAUACAUAUUAUAAACAUAUAAAAAGAAGAAGGUAGAGACAAAAAGAAUGAUAUUAGAGAAAAUAUGUACGAUUUUAUUAUAUGUAAGAGCUUUUUCUUUUAAGUUAUACCGCGUGAAAACACUUUAGAAGAUAAUAAACAAAUAUAAACAAAUAUAAAUAAGCGUGAUUUGGAGUAAACGUGAUUAUAAAAGCGAUCAAUGAUCGACGAUUACAUCCUAGAGCGACAUGGACAAAAUAAAACAUCAGCGAAUAAUUAUUUAAAUAGCAUCGUGAUGCUACGGAACAAGGAGACGGAGAAAAAAGAAAAAAGAAAAGAAAAGAAAACGGAAAAAGAAGUAUAAAAAAAAAAGAAAAGAAAAAAUAAACCAACUUUCUUUUUCUCUUGUUUGUAUUACGCAAUUGUUUGAUUGAAUUUGUUGUUGUUGUUGUUGUUGUUGCUGUUGCUUGUAAAAAAAACAACCAUCUUGCUAAAACCAUUUAUCCCAUACACUAUCAACACUUGUGCGCAUGCGUUACACUGUACGUUUAAAUUUCCCGCUAAACGCUGAAUAAAUUAUUAUUAUUAUUAUUAUUAUUA